GUCCGAUUCCUUACUCCCUCUGCAAAUUAUCGCCUUCCUCUCCCUCUCUCUCUCUCCCUCUCCCUCUCCAUUAGCUCCAGCUCAGGUGGAAGAGGUGCCAUGGAGUCUUUCCCUCCUUCAAUCCUUCUCUAGGGUUUCUCUUCCUGGCGCUCUUUAGCCUUUUUCGUUCUUAUUUGAACGCUGGGAAUUAUUUUUUGUUGCUCCACGUGAAACUGCAACGGGAAUUGAGAGAGAUAUGUUAAGAAAUUCUUCGGGCUGCAUUGGGGAAGAUUCUUGUUAGGGUUUGUUGCUCUUCUGCUUCUGUAGCUAUUGGGGUUUGAAUUCAGUCGAACGUUCGCUUUGGGAAUGCCUGCCCACAGAUCGAAAUCGGAGAAGGAGGAUGCCGGGAAGCAGCUCCGGCGGGACCCUUACGAGGUCCUCGGCGUCUCGAGGAACUCUUCCGACCAAGAAAUAAAGAGUGCCUACCGUAAAAUGGCCCUCAAGUACCAUCCAGAUAAGAAUGCAAACGAUCCAAAAGCAGCUGAUAUGUUCAAUGAAGUUACAUUUUCAUACAGCAUACUGUCUGAUCCCGACAAAAGACGUCAAUUUGACAAUGCUGGUUUUGAGGCUGUUGAGGCAGAAAAUCAAGAUCUGGAACUGGAUCUCUCAAGUUUAGGAGCUGUGAACACUAUGUUUGCUGCAUUAUUUAGUAAACUUGGCGUGCCCAUUAAGACAACAGUAUCUGCCACCGUAUUGGAGGAAGCACUUAAUGGAGUGGUUCCCAUUUACCCACUUGAACUCGGGCGCCCAAUUUCUCGCAAGGUUGAGAAGCAAAGUGCUCACUUCUAUUCUGUCACAAUCUCAGAGGAGGAAGCAAAAGCUGGUUUCGUUUGCCGAGUGCAAUCAACAGAAAAAAGCAAGUUCAAGUUAUUGUACUUUGAUCAGGAAGAAAACCGUGGAUUGAGCCUUGCUUUACAGGAGGAAUGCACUAAAACAGGAAAAGUCACAUCUGCCGGAAUGUAUUUCCUUGGGUUUCCUACUUAUCGGUUGGAUCAAACAGUGAACUCGCUUGCGGCUGCCAAGGAUGCCGAUGCUGCUUUCUUUAAGAGGCUAGACGGUUUUCAACCAUGCGAAAUCAAUGAAUUGAAGGCUGGAACCCAUGUUUUUGCCGUCUAUGGUGACAAUUUUUUCAAAAAUGUAAAUUAUACUGUAGAAGCUGUUUGUGCUGCACCUUUCGGGGAAGAAAAGCAGAAUCUUAGAGCUGUUGAAGCUGAAAUUCUUGAAAAGAGGACAGAAGUAUCAAAGUUUGAAUCUGAAUACCGUGAGGUGUUGGCGCAAUUCACAGAAAUGACAAGUAGGUAUGCACAGGAGAUGCAAGAGAUUGACGAGCUGCUAAAACAAAGGAAUGAAAUUCAUGCAGCCUACACAGUGGCACCACCAAUGAAGCGGAGUAUGAGUAAAAGUAGGAGCAAGGGUUCCUUCAAGGAGACCCAUGAAGUCGGACAAGCAAAAGAUAAGAAAUCUUCAACAAAAGAUAGACAAAAGAAAAAGAAAUGGUUCAAUAUCCACUUAAAAGUAGACAAAAGAAAGAGUUGCUAAUCCAUAAUAAUUCCGAAGGCCGAAUCAGAUACGCAUUAGUUAUUUCUUCUCCGACCAUAAGCGGUUGCUUAAUGAUUCGGCUCUGCUGGUUUUUUCCUACGGCCAUAAUCCGUUGCUGAAUGAUUCCUACUAGACUUUGUCAUGGCUAAUGAUGAAGUGUGAACGACGGUCUUGGCUUGUGUAAAUUUGCUAAUUCAACAGUUCAAUGUUAUUGUAAAAUGUAAUUUUUUUUUGGUGGGGAGUUUCCCCUUUCCUAGGCUUUUCUGUUCUCUCUUCUUCCUGGUGAUUGUAAGAACCAUACCUGUACAUUUGCAUAAUGUAUGCAAAAUAUAUUUUUUGUUGGUUCGUGACGUAGUUUACCUGAAAAGCUGAAAAUGGCAGGAUGCUGGUAUGUUUGAAAAUUAACUUGGUAUGCUUCCCCUAUGCUGUUAUCAUUUGGCUCUGUUUUCGGGAGUGGGAAGGAAUGUAAGAGUUGGCAGAAAGGGGUGACGACUUGAGAGA